CCGGCAGAGCAGAACCUCUCUCUCUCUCCCGCUCUCUCUCUCUCUGUUGUCGGCGGCCCACCCUGACCCCGGCCCUCGUUUGCUGGUAGCACGCAGACGAGGCCGGCGACAUGAGGCUGGCCCGCGCUCUGCUGGUCCCGCUGCUGCAGGUCUGCUGGGUGGCCGCACAGGAUGACGUGGUGGACUCGAAGGCUAUUGCCUUCCAAGACUGCCCCGUGGACCUGUUCUUUGUGCUGGACACCUCUGAGAGCGUGGCCCUGAGGCUGAAGCCCUACGGGGCCCUGGUGGACAAGGUCAAGGCCUUCACCAAGCGCUUCAUCGACAACCUGAGAGACAGGUACUACCGGUGCGACCGCAACCUGGUGUGGAAUGCAGGCGCGCUGCACUACAGCGACGAGGUGGAAAUCAUCCGCGGGCUCACUCGCAUGCCGAGCGGCCAGGACGCACUCAAGGCCAGCGUGGACGCGGUCAAGUACUUUGGCAAGGGCACCUACACCGACUGCGCCAUCAAGAAGGGGCUGGAGGAGCUGCUCGUGGGGGGCUCCCACCUGAAGGAGAACAAGUACCUGGUCGUGGUGACCGACGGGCACCCCCUGGAGGGCUACAAGGAGCCCUGCGGAGGCCUGGAGGACGCAGUGAACGAGGCCAAGCACCUGGGCGUCAAAGUCUUCUCAGUGGCCAUCACGCCAGACCACCUGGAGCCACGUCUGAGCAUCAUCGCCACGGACCACACGUACCGACGCAACUUCACGGCAGCUGACUGGGGACAGAGCCGCGACGCCGAGGAGGCCAUCAGCCAGACCAUAGACACCAUUGUGGACAUGAUCUGCUGCUCCUUCGAGUGCCAGCCCGCCAGAGGACCUCCAGGGCCCCGGGGCGACCCCGGCUACGAGGGAGAACGAGGAAAGCCGGGUCUCCCAGGAGAGAAGGGAGAAGCCGGAGACCCUGGAAGACCCGGGGACCUCGGACCCAUCGGGUACCAGGGGAUGAAGGGAGAAAAAGGGGGCCGUGGGGAGAAGGGCUCCAGGGGACCCAAGGGCUACAAGGGCGAGAAGGGCAGGCGCGGCAUCGACGGGGUGGACGGCAUGAAGGGGGAGACGGGGUACCCAGGCCUGCCAGGCUGCAAGGGCUCACCUGGAUUCGAUGGUAUCCAAGGAUCCCCGGGCCCCAAGGGAGAUGCUGGUGCCUUUGGACUCAAAGGAGAAAAGGGUGAACCUGGAGCUAACGGGGAGGCCGGGAGGCCAGGGAGCACGGGGCCGCCUGGCGAUGAGGGCGAGCCAGGAGAGCCUGGUCCUCCAGGAGAGAAAGGAGAGGCUGGGGACGAGGGGGAUGCGGGACCAGACGGCGCCCCUGGAGAGAGGGGUGGCCCUGGAGAGAGAGGACCCCGGGGGACCCCCGGUGUGCGGGGGCCAAGAGGAGACCCGGGCGAAGCUGGACCCCAAGGUGACCAGGGAAGAGAAGGCCCCGUCGGUGUCCCCGGAGACCCGGGAGAGGCUGGCCCCAUUGGACCAAAAGGAUACCGAGGUGACGAAGGUCCCCCGGGGCUUGAGGGUCUCAGAGGAGCCCCAGGACCUGCCGGACCCCCUGGAGACCCGGGACUGAUGGGUGAAAGGGGUGAAGACGGCCCCCCUGGAAAUGGCACCGAGGGCUUCCCCGGCUUCCCUGGGUAUCCAGGCAACAGGGGCCCUGCCGGAAUAAAUGGCACGAAAGGCUACCCCGGCCUGAAGGGGGACGAGGGCGAAGCUGGGGACCCUGGAGAGGACAACAAUGAUCUCUCACCCCGCGGAGCCAAAGGAGCCAAGGGGUACCGGGGCCCUGAAGGUCCCCAGGGACCCCCAGGACACACAGGGCCACCUGGGCCAGACGAAUGCGAGAUAUUGGACAUCAUCAUGAAAAUGUGCUCUUGCUGUGAGUGCAAGUGCGGCCCGAUCGACAUCCUCUUCGUGCUGGAUAGCUCUGAGAGCAUCGGCCUGCAGAACUUCGAGAUCGCCAAGGACUUCAUCAUCAAGGUCAUUGACCGGCUGAGCAAAGACGAGCUGGUCAAGUUCGAGCCCGGGCAGUCCCACGCGGGUGUGGUCCAGUACAGUCACAACCAGAUGCAGGAGCACGUGGACCUGAGGAACCCCAACAUCAGGAACGCCCAGGAGCUCAAGGAAGCCAUCAAGAAGCUGCAGUGGAUGGCAGGGGGCACGUUCACGGGCGAGGCCCUGCAGUACACACGGGACCGGCUGCUGCCACCCACCCAGAAUGACCGCAUCGCCCUGGUCAUCACUGAUGGGCGCUCAGACACCCAGAGGGACACCACCCCCCUCAGCGUGCUCUGUGGCCCCGACAUCCAGGUGGUCUCCGUGGGCAUCAAGGACGUGUUUGGCUUUGUCGCUGGCUCCGACCAGCUCAACGUCAUUUCUUGCCAAGGCCUGUCACCUCAAGGCCGGCCAGGCAUCUCACUGGUCAAGGAGAACUAUGCGGAGCUGCUGGACGACAACUUCCUGAAGAAUAUCACGGCUCAGAUCUGCAUAGAUAAGAAGUGUCCAGAUUACACCUGCCCAAUCACCUUCUCCUUCCCGGCUGACAUCACCAUCCUGCUGGACGGCUCGGCCAGCGUAGGCAGUCACAACUUCGACACCACCAAGCGCUUCGCCAAGCGCCUGGCCGAGCGCUUCCUGGCGGCAGGCGCGUCCGCCGGGUCUCCCGAGGUGCGAGUGGCAGUGGUGCAGUACAGCGGCCCGGGCCAGCAGAGGCCGGCGCGCGCAGGUCUGCAGUUCCUGCAGAACUACACGGUGCUGGCUGGCGCCGUGGAUGCCAUGAGCUUCUUCAACGACGCCACCGAUGUCACGGAUGCCCUGGGCUUCGUGACCCGUUUCUACCGUGAGGCCUCGCCGGGUGCUGCCAGGAAGAGGGUCUUGCUCUUCUCGGAUGGCAACUCUCAGGGCGCCACAGCGGCCGCGCUCGAGAAGGCGGUGCAGGAGGCACAGCAGGCGGGUAUUGAGAUCUUCGUGGUGGUGGUGGGCAGCCAGGUGAACGAGCCGCACAUCCGCGUGCUGGUCACCGGCAAGACGGCCGAGUACGACGCUGCCUACGGCGAGCGCCACCUGUUCCGCGUGCCCAGUUAUGAGGCCCUGCUGCGGGGCGUCUUCUACCAGACCGUGUCCAGGAAGGUGGCACUGAGCUAGCCUGGCCACCCACCCUUGCCCCAUCAUGGAGAGAGGAAGUAAAAUGUGACAUGAAUUUUCUGGAUCAAUCCCCUCUGCUAGUUGUUUUUUAAAGGAAAGCUUGAAAAGCCGCCAUGCCACGCCGUGCGCCCUGCAGAAGGUCCUCUGAGGCUUGCCCCACACCGGGCAUCCGCGGCUUCCAGGCUGUCUGCCUUCCUCCCCCGCAGGCCUGAACCCCGUGCUCCUUGUGGGCGGCCGGCCAGGCUGAGCCAGGGAGGCCCGAGCUCCGUCUCCUUUUCCUUCCUGGGCCUCAGAGGCACCUGGCCACCACCCCCACAGUCCCUAUAGCAUGCUUUCUCUCACUAAUCCUCCAGAAUUCUUCAUCUAACAUUUCAGUUUCUUGUGAGAUGUUGGGCUAUGUUUGAUUUUUGGAAAACCAAGGUCGAGAAUAUUUUUCAAUGUGAAUCUGGAUGAGUUGACCCCUCCUUACAAGGUUCUCCUUAGGAACCGACCCCAGACCUUGGCUCCCGUGGCCCUUGGGGCGUCCAGCUCAGGGUGAGCAGAAACUCGGCCGUGCUCACAUGCAUUCUCUAACCAACAUCUCCAGAGAACAGUACAAUGGAGACUGACCUCGUGCCCUUCACACUCCAAGAAAAAAGGUGCUACCCCUGUCGAGACCUGGACUGCACUGGACACUGAGUCAUCUGGUGGCCCAAAGUGAUGUUUUAUCGAAAACAAUCCAAAGCUCUUUUUCCUCAAAAUAGUGGUUUGUUCUACUUACUAUUGAAGAUCCUCUUCACAUGUUAGUUUCGUUUGUACUCUUCCCUGGGUUUUUUCUCAACCAUGUCCCCAUCAAGACGUUUUCAAAUAAAGGUUUUCACUCUUCUC